CAGCUGCCCAUUUAAAAGCUCUGUAUGAGCCAGGCUACAUACCAGAUGUGGCAAUGGAUGCGCUCAUGAGUAUCACCUGCAAGAAAUUCAAUGAUGUGUACAAUAUUUGUACACAAUCCAUGACUAAGAUUCUGUCUGGAUCCCAGAGGGUUAAAAGCCACUACUUCUGCAAGAAAGAUCUAUUUAAAACCUACACUAAAGUUAUUGGUGCCCUCCUGGAAAAUGAAAAUCACUGGACCCUUUUUUUCUGUGACCUCACAAAACAAGAAGUCACAUACAUGGAUCCAUUUGGUGAAGCCAAUGGCAAGAAAAACGAGAUUCUGAAGAAUUGGAGUUCUUUUGCCAAAGCUAAAGGAUGUGCCCUGAAAUGGACAUGGCAUGAUGUGCCCCACCCACGACAAGAGGAUGGACAUUCUUGUGGGGUCCAUGUGCUAAUGUUUGCUCAGGCCCUGCUUGAGGGAAAAGGUUUCGUGGAUGGAUAUGCCUCAGUGGAUAUACCCCAGCUGAGGGCACAGUUCUGCAACAUUCUGUUUUCCUCUUUAGAUAGAGGAGUAAAGUGCACAGUGUGCUGGAGUGUCCUGAUGAAAGAUAAGGUGUGCUGUCAGGAAUGUGGUGCACACAGCCAUUUGAGAUGUCAACGAACACCAUGUGGCAUCUGUGUAAUUUCAGGUGAAGGAAACACUAUGUUCGAACAUCUACAAAAAGGAGAAAGUAAGCAGACAGAGGAAAGCACAAGAAGACCUUCAGAGGAUGAGAAGAAACAAGAGGAAGAAGAGAAAAGGGAGACUCACAAAACAGAAAAAGUGGAAGUAAAAAAAAAACAAUCAAAGGGUAAAAAAAUAAAGGCCAGUGAUGCAUCAGAUAGGGAAAAAAAGCAAGACCGCAAGGAAGAAAGACAGCCAGAAACCUUUGAAACUGACAAGGAUGCAGGUUUUGAAAAUGAGGAAAUAGAGGCAAGAGACAGCGGGGAUUGUCAUUUGAAUAACCCCACAGACGACAUUAAAGGCAUCAAAGUUUUUGGACGCUUAGUCCUCACUGGUCAGAGAAAGUCCCCGUAUGUUGUCACAAAGGAAGAAAUUCAGCGCAGAAUAGAAGGGGAGAAUAUGUCCUCUAAUGUUUUCAGAGAUCUGCUAGGAGGGCGCAAACAAAAUCUGCCUGAAUUAGUCCUCAAUCUUCCCAAGAAAAAGAAGACUAAGACAAGCAUUUUUAGUGCACUAACAGAGGGAGAGGCUUCAGAUCUUGCCACUGGUUUAACUAAAAGCCUGUGUCAAAAUGUCAGUCCAAAGUUGGUACGAAAAGACAUAAGUGACCACAAUGCAGAAGUGACCAGGACAACUCUGGCUAGUGUACGUGCCAACUUGCAAUCAAGCCUGGAUUCUAGAUCAGCCUUCAGUUUGUUAACCCACACAUUUGGUCCGCAGGCAGUGGAUGGAGUGUUAGGUUUCAUUUCAGAGAGUCUAAAAUAAAAGGAGAACGAAUCAAUCUCAAAUGCAGCACCAAACUGUUUGUAAAAUGUUAAGGUUGCUAAAUCUGAGAAUAACCUGUUUUGUUUAUACAGAUUCAUAAACUUUCCCAAUGAAUCGAAUCAGUAGCGGUCUUUUAUUUAUCCAAAAUACCCUUAUAUUUGUGUUAUAUUAAUAAUUUUGUUUUAUCAAAAUGCUCAGUGUAAAAUACAUAA